CAAUGCUUGGCCAGCGCAGGCAACGGCGGCGACUCUGACCCUGCUCCAGCUCCGGAGGAUGCUGAGGAAGACACCCCCGAGCCCUCUGCGAGCCCUGCCGAGUCCAACGCGACGUCUGCGCCCGCGUCCACCUCUGCCGCCAGCAACGAGUGCGGCGCUGCUGCUGUCGACGAGCUCGUCGGCUACGGUGACGGCACCACCGGCGGUGGCUCUGGCUCGGGCACCACCGUGACCUCGUGCUCCGAGCUCGAGUCUGCGCUCAAGGCCGGCGGCGUGAUCAACGUCGAGGGCACCAUCACUGGCUGCGGCUCCCUCCACGUGGGCAGCGACACCUCGCUCAUCGGCGUGGGCAACGCUGGCUUUGUCGACACGGGCUUCCGCAUGGUCGACGUGACCAAUGUGAUUGUGCGCAACCUCGAGCUGCACAACCCGCCCGAGGGCGCGGACCUGAUCGACAUUGAGUCGUCGACGUACAUCUGGGUCGACCACUGCUCGCUGAGCAGCGCGGGCAUCACGGGCGACAAGGACUUUUACGACGGCCUGCUCGACAUGAAGCGCGCCUCGGACUUUGUCACCGUCUCGUGGUGCCGCUUCGAGGACCACUGGAAGGCCUCGCUCAUCGGCCACUCCGCCUCCAACGGCGACCAGGACAGCGGCACCCUCCACGUCACCUACCACCACAACUACUGGAACAACAUCAACUCGCGCUGCCCCAGCGUCCGCUUCGGCACCGCGCACAUCUACUCGUCCUGCUACGAGAACAUUCCCGCGUCGGGCAUCAACUCGCGCGAGAAUGCGCAGGUGCUGGUCGAGAACACGGCCUUUAACAGCGUCCGCCGCGCCAUCGUGACGGAUCUGGACGCCAACGACCCUGGGUUCGCUGUCGAGCGCGACAACAUCUUCAACGACAGCAACACGGAUAUUACCCAGGAGGGCAGCCUCGACGUGCCGUACGAGUACGUCUCCGACCCUGCCGACUGCAUCUGCGACCUGCUGCGCACGGGUGCCGGUGCCGGUGUGUUGUAAUGGACGGGUGGAUGGGAGCUUGGGUGAGGGUGCGGUUCUUCUUGCAUGUAUAUAUGCUAGUGGGCGAGUCGACGAGACUGGGUCUCGCGAAUGCUACAAUUUCUGCCAUGGCUGUUCAGCAUCGUGCCAUGGCGCUACGCGUUUGUCAGUGAAAUAAUUAGGUCGUAGAUUUGAAGCAUGUUGGCGAGACGAGGUGCCGUUAAAUGAGGAAGGCCAGCCAAAGAAGCGGCUCUAGUCGCCCUCUGUGCCAGCGCGCCAGGCAGUGCAGAGCGAUUUAUCAUCUUGGCGAGCAAUACGCGCGUCAGCAAUGGCGUUGUGCCAUGCAUGGGUAAUGAAAAUGCGUAGGAGUCU